AACUCGUUCCAGUUCGAGGACCGCGCUGUCUCCUUCUUUCACCAGCGGAGAGGCCAGUGCCACUUCCCUCGCCAUGGCUCAAAAAGCGAUUACCAGUCCAGUGCCAAUCUCGUGGUACCCGACGCUGGCUGUGUUGAUGCUCGCGGUUGGACUCGUCAUCACGGCUUCUUUCUUCAUCUAUGAAGCAACCUCUUCUAGGCGAAGUCGUAGCCUAGCUAAGGAGCUUUUUACAGGAGCCGUGGCAUCCAUCUUCCUGGGGUUUGGGUCCUUGUUCUUACUCCUAUCGUGUGGCGUUUAUGUCUGAUGACCAAGCUCUGUAGCUUUUACGCAACUUGCAUUCUGCGCUAGAUAGGUGGUAUUCCCGAAGCGGACAUAACAUGAUCUCAUGAUUGGAAAUGAGGGAGUUGCCAUAGAAGAGGGAGAGAGUGCUUAUGAAUAAGUUUACUAUAUCUAGAUGGCUGCCAUCUUUGUUGUUUAAAUGUACUUGGUGUAAAUUGCUUGGUGCUGUU